GAGCCACUUCCGGGCGCGUCGCCGGCUUGGUGAGCGCGGAUACCGGCUGUCCCUCUCGGGCGAUUGCGUCCCCCGUAGUCCGGCCGGCCUCGGCACCGCGUGUCGUGGGGGGCCCGGGCCCGCGGCUGCAGGGUCGGGGCAGCGGCGAGGCCGAGGGCCGGGAAGCCACUGCCUGGCCUGGCAAUGUGAACGUGCAAGUCGAUCCCCUAACCCAGAAAGCCCCAGGCGCAGUCUAUACGGGCGGCCCCGCUCCUGCUUAUGUUUUAGUUUUCAGGGACGGGGCAUCGCUCUGCCGCCCGGGCUGGAGUGCAGUGGUGUGAUCACGGCUCACUGCAGCCUCGACCUCCCGGGCUGAAGCGAUCCUCCCGCCUUAGCCUCCUGAGUAACUGGGACCAUAGGCGCACCCAGCUGAUUUUUAAUUUUUUUUUUUUUUUGAUAGAGAUGGGGGUCUCGCCGUGUUGGCCAGGCUGGUCUCGCACUCUUGGCCUCAAGUGAUCCUCCUGUCUCGGCCUCCCGAAGUGCUGGGAUGACAGGCAUGAGCCACCGCGCCUGGACCCUUCUUUUGAAUGGACUUCCUUGCGUUUCUGUUUCAAUGCCUGGUGCUACUUUUUUGGGAACCCCAAGGCUGUACUGUUUGAUUGACUCCUUUUUUCCCCCUUUCUUUUUAACCUAAAUCAAAGCUGCCACUGCCCCGCCAUGGAAGACACGCCGUUGGUGAUAUCAAAACAGAAGACGGAGGUGGUGUGCGGGGUCCCCACCCAAGUGGUGUGCACGGCCUUCAGCAGUCACAUCCUGGUGGUGGUGACUCAGUUCGGGAAGAUGGGUACCUUGGUCUCCCUGGAGCCCAGCAGCGUGGCCAGUGACGUCAGCAAGCCUGUGCUCACCACGAAAGUCCUUCUGGGGCAGGAUGAGCCUCUCAUCCAUGUCUUUGCAAAGAACCUGGUAGCAUUUGUGUCUCAAGAAGCUGGAAACAGAGCAGUCCUCCUUGCCGUGGCCGUGAAGGACAAAAACAUGGAGGGUCUGAAGGCGCUGAGGGAGGUGAUCCGGGUGUGCCAGGUGUGGUGACCUGGAGGCAGCUGCCCCGCACUGCUCAGCAGGACACGUGAGGACCCAGACACCCACUCAGGGACUCAAGUCUCGCCUCCCUCCCCGGUGGAGGGAGGAACUUUGUCUGGCACUAGCCCUUGGAGCCAGGAAAAAAUAUUCGUGUCUCAGGCAGACUCUUACUCUGGUUACUAAGAUCAUCUGUGCAUGACGGGGAGGGUGGAACGGGUGCCAGGGGAGUUGUGAAUGGAUCUCACUGGGACCUGAAACGUGCUUGUGUUUGAGAAUUGGAGGAAUGAGUCAGCAGGCGUGGCUCAUGGCCCCCCGUGUACGGGAUCAAUUGUGGGAGGAAAUUUCUUUUUUAUUAAAAGCAAAUGUGUAUCCCAAAAUA